CAGCUGGUUCAGCAGCUCUGUCUUCCCCAAAGAGUGAGCCACUCCACCACAGAGUGGCUGCGUGCUCACAUCCAAGGGGUCAGAACUGACAUGAGGAGGAUCCCGGGGACCCAGAAAAGUAUGCCCUGCCUGAAAGUCCUGCCUGGAGAGCCCAAGCACCAGCUCUAAAAGAGCUCCAACCGCUGCCUGGUUGUUCUUACACGAGCCCCUCUUUGUGAACAGAUCCUCAACAUGAGCUACAGUCUCCACUUGAUCUUCAUGUGUCUGAGUCUCUUUACACAGAGGAUGUGUAUCCAAGGGAACAAGUUAAACAUGGAGGCCAGCAGAAAUGACAAGCUCUCCCUGCCUGGCUUUGACAACCUCACAGCAGGAUACAACAAAUUCCUCAGGCCCAACUUUGGUGGAGCACCGGUUCAGAUAGCACUGACUCUGGACAUCGCAAGUAUUUCUAGUAUUUCAGAGAGUAACAUGGACUACACCGCCACCAUAUACCUCCGGCAACGCUGGACAGACCAGCGGCUGGUGUUUGAAGGCAACAAGAGCUUCACUCUGGAUGCACGCCUUGUGGAGUUCCUGUGGGUGCCAGAUACUUACAUUGUGGAGUCAAAGAAGUCUUUCCUCCAUGAAGUCACAGUUGGAAAUAGGCUCAUCCGCCUCUUCUCCAAUGGCACGGUCCUAUAUGCACUCAGAAUCACAACAACUGUUUCAUGUAACAUGGAUCUGUCCAAAUAUCCCAUGGACACACAGACAUGCAAGUUGCAGCUGGAGAGCUGGGGGUAUGAUGGAAAUGAUGUAGAGUUCAUCUGGCUGCGAGGGAAUGACUCUGUGCGUGGGCUGGAAAACCUGAGACUUGCCCAGUACACCAUACAACGCUAUUUCACCCUAGUCACCAGGUCACAGCAAGAGACAGGAAAUUAUACACGAUUGGUCUUGCAAUUUGAGCUUCGAAGAAAUGUCCUGUAUUUCAUUUUGGAAACCUAUGUUCCUUCCACUUUCCUGGUGGUGCUAUCCUGGAUUUCAUUUUGGAUCUCUCUGGAUUCAGUCCCUGCAAGAACCUGCAUUGGAGUGACCACUGUGUUAUCGAUGACUACCCUGAUGAUUGGGUCCCGCACCUCUCUUCCCAACACCAACUGCUUCAUAAAGGCCAUUGACGUGUACCUGGGGAUCUGCUUUAGCUUCGUGUUUGGAGCCUUGUUGGAAUACGCAGUUGCUCACUACAGUUCCUUACAGCAGAUGGCAGCCAAAGAUAGGGGGAAAGUGAAAGAAGCAGAAGAAGUCAAUAUUACUAACAUCAUCAACAGCUCCAUCUCCAGCUUUAAACGGAAGAUCAGCUUUGCCACCAUUGAAAUUUCUGGUGAUAACGUUGACUAUAGCAACUUGACAAUGAAAACCAGUGACAAGUUCAAGUUUGUCUUCAGAGAAAAAAUGGGCAGGAUUGUUGACUACUUCACAAUUCAAAACCCCAGCAAUGUUGAUCGAUAUUCUAAACUCCUGUUUCCUUUGAUUUUUAUGUUAGCCAAUGUAUUUUACUGGGCAUACUACAUGUACUUUUGAAGUGAUAUUGGACUUUUGCAUGCCAUAGAUCUUCAGCACAACAAGGUAAUUAUGUAAAUUGUAUUUUAGGUCAAGUGUACACUACAGACUAAUGGUGCUACCAGUGGCUAAAAUAAUAUCAAAGCAUUUUUCCACAAAGAAUGAACUUGCAACCAUUAGAAAUUCUAAGUUUGUGUAGAAGUCUUAGCACUAUAGAGUUUUGUAAUAGAAGCAUCAGCCUAAUCCUCUUUCACCUUUAUGAAGGACAUCCUCAUGGAUCCCAGGGCUACAAAUAUACUCCGGGGCGACUGUCUGCUCAGUGGGGCUCCCUGGUCAGCAUUUAUUUCACAUAAAAUAUGAGAAGGAGGACACUACAUCUAUUGAGUAUUCCUCAUGUGUCAAAGGUUAUUUCUAAAUCAUACAUGAGCCACUCAAAGUAGUCAUACAAAUUAUUUACUGAAACUCUAGAGUGCUUAUAAAAUUCAUUAUUGUCUAUUUAGGGAGCAACAUUUCUAGUUUUUGUUUUUAAUUAAAAUGGGAUGUGUGUUUGUGUCAAUUCACUGACACUCAGCUCAAUACCAGAAUGAGUUUUUAAUAAGGAGCAUUAUUUAACACCACAGCAGAAUUGCCUUCAAGUUCCAAUCAGUCCUAUCACUGACAAAUCAAAUGUAAGUGAAUAAAAAGUUAGUGGACCAAUAAUUAUUCUAAAACAUAAAUCCCUUGUUUCUAAUAUAUAAUAGAUUCCCAAGACUGGAAGGACUCUGAGACUUUAUUUCUCUUUGCUAUUAUGUGUACAUUAGUAGUAAACAAUGAAAAAUCCUUUUUCCCACAUCAGGAAUGGGAAUGGAAGAAUUUUUUUCAUUUAUUCUAAGAGUCAUAAUAUGGACUGCUGCCAUGAAGACUUACAGGAUCGCAUUCAUUUUCUACCUUUACUCACAUACUGGUGAGGUACUAAAGGAACCAGGUGGACACAGCCAAGGGUCCGGUGCUAUUCUGCCAUUUCAGAUAUUCUAACACAGAGAAACUUUUGUCCAGCAGCAAAUUCCCUGCAUCCUUGGAACUUUAAUUGGAACUUUAAUCCUAUGCCCUAAUGACCAAGAAUGAUGCCUAUUAGAGAACAAGCUGCAGGUCCCAGGUAAAAGUGGCUUAACUCAAGUAGAUUUGGCCUUUCUCAGAUGCUCAGUUCUUCUGACUGGACGACUACUCUAACUGCCUCAUCUUGCAUGAGGAGGAGAAUACUGGCCCCGAGCGCUAAUGUUCUGAAUAAUAGUGGGACAGAACCUAUGCACAGGCUGCCCAUGAGCUGCCUUCUGUAAAUCUAGCAGUUUCAUCCUAAUAGGAGUUUGUCUCUCCCUCUGCUUCAUGGCCAACCUCAGCCAAAAGCACCAGAAGUGGUAAUUUGUGAGUGUGCCAGGGAAAGGCUUCUUUUUCAGCCUCAAUUAUUUUAAAGGAUAUCACUCUCUUCAAUUCUUUGUUUCCUUUUCUAAUAGAUUCCCCGGUUUACCCUUCCUUUCAGAAGUAAGCCACAGCUUUAAAAGAUCAUUUAUUUUCCUUAAUUUCCCAUAUCCAUGGGCCCUCAUCCUUUUUGCCAUUAUAUUUAUCACAAUUCAGUUUCUGUGGGUUUGAUCACUUGACCUUUUAACACAAUGUUUAUAAUGGGAAGUGGGAUUAAAAGAGGUGGAAUGUGGUUGAAUGGUUCAAUUAUAUUUGUGAUUUUUUUUAAAGUUUAAAAAUAUGCAUGCUAUGAAACCUCAUUUAAGCUAUCAUGUAAGGAUAACUAUGAAGUUAUAAAACUGUGAAAUAAAUACACCCUUAUUAGCUAUUCAUUAUAUCAAGUAAUCAUCUAUUGUAACAUGUGUAAUAAUGGCUCAGUAGAAAAGUAUGCACUAUGUGCAAACUUCUCCAUCCUCAUGUUCCUUCAUCCCAGACAACACACACACACACACACACACACAUACAUACACGAACUCAUUUAUUCGCUCUUGUUUCCUACACAGGAAAUAGUAAAUACAGAAGACACAGGUAAUGUUUUUCUUUGA